AUGCCAUGGAUGCGUUGUGAUGCCAUGAUCAUUGGAUGGUUAACAACCGCCAUGGAUAAAAACAUUAGGGGAAGCGUGAAGUAUGCUAACUCAUCCGCUGAAAUAUGGAGUGAUUUGAAGGAAAGGUUCGGGAAGGAAAGUACACCACGAGCCUAUGAAUUGAAACAAUUGCUUUCAAAUACUCAUCAGGAUAGGCUGUUGAUUUCAUCUUAUUAUACAAAACUUCGAGGUAUAUGGGAUGAGAUACAAUCUGUCCUACCAAUUCCCCAAUGCACAUGUGGGAAUUGUUCUUGUGAAAUUGGAAAAAGGUUGUCUAGUUUUCAAGAAAAGGAGCGGUUGUAUGAGUUUUUAAUGGGACUCGAUGCAGAUUUUUCAGCGAUAAGAACUCAUGUUCUUUCAAUAAAACUGACACCUACACUUGGAGAAGCAUACCGUCUUGCUUCCGAAGAAGAACAACAGAGGCAGAUUACAAUGACUAAACGAGCACAGGUGGAGCCAGCAGCGUUUAAAACUCAAGGAUGGCGUGAAGGUUCAUUCAAUUUUCAACGGAGUUAUGAAGGAAGUUCAAGGCGAAACACGGAAGAAAAAACUGAUAUUUGUAGCGAAUGUGGGAAAGAAGGUCAUAAACGAGAGGAUUGUUUCAGGGUAAUUAGGUAUCUUGAGUGGUGGCCGGGCAAAGUAAAGACUGAGAAAUUUAAAGCAAAGGUUGCACAUGUGGAGACUGAAUCUGUUUUGGCCUGGCUUUCGGAUGCACAGUACCAAAUGCUCAUGAAGCACUUUACUGACAACGAACAGAAGAAAGAAGGUGACAUUCUUCGAAAAGCAAACAUGGCUGGUAAGCUUGAUAAAAUUGAUGAUUGGAUCAUGGAUUCAGGUUCCACUGAUUAUGUAGUUCAUAAAUUAGAAUUCCUUGAAAGUGGUGGUGGUACUACACAAGAAACACCCAUUAUGAUUCCUAAUGGGUUUAAUGUACCUGUAAAGGGUAAAGGGAGCUGCAUUUUAAAUGAUGGAAGCAAAACUAAUGAAGUCCUUUAUAUUCCUGAUUUUAAUUGCAAUUUACUUUCAGUUAGUAAACUAUCGAAGGAAUUACAAUGUGUAGUAAGCUUCUUUUCGGAUUUUUUUGUAAUGCAGGACUUACACUCGAAGAAGUUCAUAGGCACGGGUGAAUGCAUAAAGGUCUUUAUCGGAUGGGGAUGGUAG